UUUUUUUCUGAUGCGACCUUACAUAAUGAUGUACUAGUCCCAUCUCUCUCAUAGUAGCCUGAUAUAGCGUUCGUUUCGAUUUUUCGACAGUCGUAUGGCGAUCGCGAUAAUCAAUAUAGGCGAGAUAUUUUUAAUUAAAACCUUCCCUCUCCAUACGCACAUCCGAUAAAGCUGUCAGAUAAAAACGCAUAUUAUUCAUCCGUUUAAUUAUGAUAAAAACGAACAAAUUCGAUUCUCGCCUUCGAUCAAUCGAAUCGUCAAUUCAAAGUUCAAAAUUCCGCUCACAAAGCGCCGCAUAAUUAUCGCUAAUCGGCUAAUUAGAAUUUCAACGCUCGCACGCUCUCGCCGGCGUCAACGUAUUACCAGGCUUCGCACCUCGACGGCCCGAAACUAGAAAUCCGGACUGCCUCGCAUUUCUCUCGUAAUAUAUUCCCAGCCAGCUCAACCUCAAUCCUAUUCCGUGUAACAGUAGCAUAAAACCUUUACCUGCAGCUAUAAAAACUGCACAUCAUCUUAUAAUACACUCCAGAUAAACCUUUCGCUCUCGCGCGCGGCUGACCUUCGCGAGACACGCACGCACGCACGCAGAACGUACGUGAGAGCGCGCGCGCGAGCCUAUUCGCGUCUUUAUCUCUAUAUACAUCAUCGUCUCCGCUGGAUUCCCCCCUUUUCGACAUAUAUACGUCUGUCCUUCUCUGGUAUACAGCGAGUCGAGUAUAGGGCUCUAGUCUAACCACGUGCUAGACUCUUUAGGCGCCGCCGCCGUCUCUGUGAAUGUGGAAAUUAAAUAGGUAGUGCGCGCGCUCGCUGUCUAGGUACCACUUCCGCAGGCCGGACUUGCCGUCCCGAUGUCGUCGAAUUCACAACAACUGGUCCUGCCUGUCUUGGCUGCUGUGGGAACACUCCUAGCAGUAGGCAUAGCAGUGAAGCUCUACCUGUCCUUCAAAGACACCAAGAAGAAGAAGAAAGUACUCCUCGAAGAGCCAACAGUCAAGUAUGCCCUGCCCCUCGUCGAAAAACAAAUCAUAAGCCAUGACACUAGACUAUACAGGUUUGGCCUGCCAACCUCAGAGCAUGUACUCGGUUUACCUAUUGGUCAGCAUGUGCAUUUAACUGCCAAGGUAAACGAAGAAGUUAUCAUUCGUGCAUAUACUCCAGUUUCCAGUGACGAUGACAAAGGGCACGUUGACCUUGUUGUCAAGGUCUACUUCAAAAAUGUUCACCCCAAAUUCCCUGAGGGAGGCAAAAUGUCGCAGCAUCUUGAGAGUCUUAAAGUAGGUGAGACUGUAGACUUCAGAGGACCGUCUGGUAGACUGAUGUACAAAGGCCGUGGUUCAUUUUCCAUUAAGAUACUUAGAAAGGAACCUCCCGUAGAGUAUAAUGUUUCCAAGGUAGUAAUGAUUGCCGGAGGCACAGGUAUCACACCAAUGUUGCAGCUCAUUAGAGCUAUAGCCAAGGAUCCAGAAGAUAAGACAAAAGUAUCUCUGCUUUAUGCGAACCAGACUGAAAAAGACAUUCUAUUGAGGGAUGAGUUGGAGGAAGUUGCCAAGAACCAUCCAGACCAAGUUAAGGUUUGGUACACUAUUGACACAAGCACUGAAGGCUGGAAGUACAGUACCGGUUUUGUCAAUGCUGACAUGAUCUCUGAACACAUGUAUCCACCAUCACCGGAUACAAUAGUUCUCAUGUGUGGGCCGCCACCGAUGAUAAAUUACGCUUGCACACCGAAUCUGGAUAAACUGGGAUAUGAUUCAAAACUGCGAUUCGCCUACUAGAAUUCUGCUUAAAAUCUGAAGAGUAUAAGAAGAUCCUAAGAAUCAUUUGAUUUUUAAAUUAUAUAAAGUUUGUUAGUCAUUUUUGUAGUCGGCGAGUUUUGUGGUAAAGUUUACCACCAAUGUACAAAUGAUGAUGCAGCUGUUUUAUUAUAUAUCUCACGCUAAAUAAGGUAUUUAUUAAAGUUGUGAAAGUAUUUGAUAUAAAAA